CUAUGUUUGCUGCACUUUCAGUGUCAAGUUUGUCCUGUGAAGACUGACUGUCUCAAGUAUCAAAUCAGGAUGUUUGUUCUAAUCUGUGCAACGCUGCUUUUCUCUGUGAGGGGCAUCCAUGCAGAAACAGGUGCAUCGGUUUGGGGAAGACCAUACUGUCAAGGAUAUUUCUGUAUCACUCUUGGUGAAGCAGAUAUAACAGCAGAGGCUGGACUCUGUGUUGUGAUACCGUGUUCUUUCUCUACUGCUGCAGCCUUUAAAACCCAACAUAUAGUUUGGUACAAAUGUAAACUGUCCAAUCGAAAAUGUGGCGAUCCUGACAUGAUAUUCCACACCAACAAGCACAACACCAAGGUUCAGUCUGUGUUCAAAGGACGGCUUUCACUGUUGCAGCCGGUGCUGAGUCAGGGGAACUGCAGCAUCAUCAUCAACGACCUCACCGAGUCAGACUCUGGAGCAUAUCAGCUCAGAGUUAAUGGUUUACUGUAUGAGAACCCUGAUGGACUUACAUACUCUGAAAGAGCAGUUCUCUCUGUAAAAGGUCUGACCCAGAAGCCCUCAGUGAUGAUUCCUCCUCUGACAGAGGGGCAGCCGACCACACUGACCUGCACUGCUCCUGGUCUCUGUUCUGGAUCUGAUCCUAAAUUCACCUGGACAUGGAGAGGAGCAGGAGAGAAGGACUCUCAGAUCACAGGAAACAUCACUGCUUUAAAGACUGAGAAUCUGACUGCUGUCACACAGAGUCACAGCUCCACUUUGACCUUUAACCCUUCAGCUGAACACCACAGCAGCAAUGUUACCUGUGAGGUCAGCUUCAGAAACAACAUCACUGCAGAGAAGACUGUGACUCUUAAUGUGACCUUCUAUCCAAAGAUCCUAAAUAGCUCAAAGUGUGAGGUUCAGUCGGGGGUCCUGACCUGCGUAUGCAUCAGUAAGGGGAUUCCUUUACCCUACAUCAUAUGGCCGCUGUUGAAUAACCACUCUGAGUACUCCGUCAUCACCACUGUGUCACACCAAACUAUCCACAGCACCCUAACUGUAAAGGACCACAACAACACUGUUGUUGAGUGUGUCGGACGCAGCAAAGUUGGGGAAGUUCAACACACCAUCCCUGUUAUAACUUCACAGAAGCGAGAAGCAAAUCAACAUGAACCAAGUGCACAGCUUCCCUGGGUUGUCGUUGCUGCUGUAUCUCUUUUUGUAAAUGUCAUCAGCAUAAUCCUCAUUAUGUUCCUUUGGCACACAAGAAAAAAGGUGAAACCAAACCAAGAAGACAGAACUUACAUGUCAAUCAAGAAAACAGACGUGUCAUCUGAUUAUGAAGUUAUUGCCCAGCCUCUGAACUAACCAGCUUUACCUGAGUGUAGUAGAGGAUGUGUGUCGUGAAAAGUGCAAGAUUUUACGAGUUUGAAAUGUCUACAUUCUGUCAUUUAACUGCCACUAAUAUUUUGUGUUUUUACAGUAUUCUUGUUUUUCAUAUUACAUCUUAAUUACCUUUAAUUGCCCAGCAGAAGAUCAGGGAGAGUGCAGUACAAUCACAGUCGUUUGUCGCUUGUGCUUUUUCAGAUAUAUUUAUGAAGAUUUGAAAAAAAAUGUAAGUGAAAUACAUUGAUUAUUGUGUAUAUUAUUAUUUGUAUUAAAAUGUUCAUUAUAAAAGGAUC